AUGCCUGGAACAAGAAUCUUCAAUACCAUCGGCGUCCACUGCGGCGGAGAAGUCGUCGAUGUGGUUACCGGCGGCGUUCGCGAUGUCCCUGGAAAGACCAUGUUCGAGAAGAUGAUGCACCUCUGGAAGAAGGAGGAUUCGAUGCGCAACCUCCUCCUCAACGAGCCCCGUGGCUGCUCUGCCAUGUGCCACAAUAUUGUCCUUCCCCCUUGCAACCCAGAGGCGGACAUUGGCCUCGUCAUCAUGGAGCAUGAGGAGUAUCCUCCCAUGUCUGGCGCCAACACUCUGGGGGUGGCCACGGCACUUUUGGAGACCGGCAUGAUCCCAAUGAAUGAGCCCGAGACCGUCUGCAGGUUUGAUACGCCAGCGGGCCUGGUGGAAGUCUAUGCCCAAUGCGAGAAUGGCGAGUACAAGAGCGUUCGCUUCCACAACGUCCCUGCAUUCGUGUUCUACAUUGACAAGGAGGUCACCGUUCCUGGUCUUGGCACUGUCAAGGUUGACAUCGUCUACGGCGGGAUGAUCUAUGCUUUAGUCGAUGCCGCUUCAUGCGGGCUAUCCAUUAAGAACAAGCACGGAGCCAAGCUGGUCGAGGUGGGGAUGCGUGUUCUGAAGGCUGUCCAAGAGCAGACCGACCCAAUCCACCCUGAGAACCCUGAGAUCCGCGGCGCCUCGGUCUUCCAGUGGAUACAACCCAUCAGAGAUCAUGAGGAUGGCAAGACCUCCGUGAAUACCGUUGUCGUAGCACCAGGGAGGCUCGAUAGGAGCCCGUGUGGCACAGGAACUUGCGCUCGGUUGGCGGCUCUGCACGCAAGGGGAGAGCUGGCCGAAGGAGAACCUCUUUACCAUAGGAGCAUCAUUGGAUCGGAGUUUAUUGGGCGGGUGCACGGCACUACGAAGGUCGGUAAAUACGAUGCCGUCUACCCUUCGGUGACUGGUAGUGCAUGGAUCACAGCCUAUAAGCAGGUCGUUUUGAAUCCAACAGAUCCGUUCCCUGAUGGCUUUCGAGUUGGUGAUAAGUGGCAUAUGGAGGGGUAG